ACCUCAUGUGACAAGCCCAGUAUCUUUUUAAAGUCAAUGUAACUAAAGUCCCUCUGCUGCCUUCAAACCUUUGGAGAGGGCUCGCCUUUCAGGCAUUCAUAGUAUGGGAGCACCUGCCGGUUCUAUCAUAAGGAAAUGGCUGGUUUGCGUGCUGCUGGCCUGCUCCUGUGUGGAGGCGCAAGCACACAGAGAUCCCACUCUGGAUCAGCACUGGACUCUUUGGAAGAAAACCUAUGGCAAACAAUACAAGGAAAAGAAUGAAGAAGUAGCAAGGCGUCUUAUCUGGGAAAAGAAUCUAAAAUUUGUGAUGCUUCACAAUCUGGAACACUCAAUGGGAAUGCAUUCAUAUGAUCUAGGCAUGAACCAUCUGGGAGACAUGACCAGUGAAGAAGUGAUAUCUUUGAUGAGUUCCCUGAGAGUUCCCAGCCAAUGGCAGAGAAAUAUCACUUACAAGUCAAACUCUAAUCAGAAAUUGCCUGAUUCUGUGGACUGGAGAGAGAAGGGGUGUGUUACUAAAGUGAAAUACCAGGGUGCUUGUGGUGCUUGCUGGGCUUUCAGUGCUGUGGGGGCCCUGGAAGCACAGCUGAAGCUGAAAACAGGAAAGCUGGUGUCCCUGAGUGCACAGAACCUGGUAGAUUGCUCAACUGAAAAAUACAGGAAUAAAGGCUGCAAUGGUGGCUUCAUGACAGAGGCUUUCCAGUAUAUUAUUGAUAACAAGGGCAUCGAUUCAGAAGCUUCCUAUCCCUACAAAGCUACGGAUGGAAAGUGCAGGUAUGACUCAAGAAAUCGAGCUGCCACAUGUUCAAAUUAUAUUGAACUUCCCUUUGGCAGCGAAGAUGCCUUGAAGGAAGCUGUGGCCAAUAAAGGACCUGUGUCUGUUGCUAUUGAUGCAAAACACUCUUCUUUCUUCCUGUACAGAAGUGGUGUCUACUAUGACCCAUCCUGUACUCAGAAUGUGAAUCAUGGUGUAUUAGUGGUUGGCUAUGGUAACCUUAAUGGGAAAGAUUACUGGCUUGUGAAAAACAGCUGGGGCCUCAGCUUUGGUGACCAAGGAUAUAUUCGGAUGGCAAGAAACAGUGGAAAUCACUGUGGGAUUGCUAGUUAUCCCUCUUACCCAGAAAUCUAGAGGAUCUCUUCAUUUUAUAACAGUCCAAAAAAAUGAAACACUUUCUCUUAACUUAAUUUUACCUGCUAUAACCUGUAGAAAUAAGAAUGUUGUGGCCAAUGUAUAUUUACUGUACUAAUAGAAUAUAGUUUGACUCUUCUAUUUUUUUUAGUUUUGCAGAUAUUGGAAAAAUUUUGCUACAUAAAUUAAUAAUGCACUAUAGAUAUACCUGUAUGAGAAUUGGUCAACCGAAGAAAUCUGUCAUGCUUGUUUUGUCACUCUUAUUUUACAUGCUUUGUCUUUUUAAGUUCCCUGAUAUCCUUUUGUAAUAUGAUGGCAUAUAAAUGCUUAAUAAAUAUCUCUUUUCAACUUUGUAUCAUUA